CGGUCAGCCUGAAAGCACCAAAGGGGGAUGUUCCAGUAGCAGAUUGAUUAACAAAAUUGGUCAUCGACUAUAGCAGCUAGCGACACUUUUUCAGAGUAUUGUGAAGGGAAAUGCUCGAUAUAUGGCUGAGGGAGAACUAUACAAGUUAUGUAGGUUGAUGAACCUCUGAACAUGAUCCAUCAAUCAGCAUUGGUGUAGUUGCCUGCCUACAUAGAACGUUGCUUUGCAUCACCAUGUAGUUUCGCAUGGGUGGCCUGGAACGUCGCAGGCGUUUCUGAAGACAUCUUGAAUCAGCUAAAAGAGGACACCAGGAUGAGCAAUCAAGAGAAGAUGGAAUUGGACCUCGAAAUCCCAUCUUCACUAGUUCAGAGUGACGGACAACUGAGACGUUCCAACAGUGCCCCAAUGAUAAAUGGCCUAAGUGAACAUUCCCAGGUGUUCCAGAGUGAGAUUCUAUGCAGCAGGAGAAACAGCACCACUGUUGUCAACCGCCCUAAUAUAGUCCCUUCAUCACCCAUUCGUGUCCCCAGCACUAGGCUUCAUCAGCUCAAACAGGAGGAAGGUGUGGAUUUGAUGAAUAGAGAGACUGCCCAUGAACGGGAGGUUCAAGCAGCCAUGCAGAUGAGCCAGUCCUGGGAGGAGAGUCUGAGCCUGAGCGACAAUGACUUUGAGAAAUCUGCAUCGUCGUCUCCAAAGCGGAUCGACUUUAUGCCCGUGUCCCCUGCCCCAUCACCUACUAGAGGGAUAGGGAAAAAGCAGUGCUUCUCCCCUUCAUUGCAAAUCCUGGUGAGCAGCCACGGCCUAUCCCCCAGCCCUAUACCUAGCCCAACGCGACGCUUCAGCCGGCGGAGCCAAAGCCCCAUUCACUGCAUCAGGCCCAGCAUCCUGGGGCCCAUCAAACGUAAAGGGGAGAUGAUGGAGACUGAGAGCCAGCCAAAGAGGCUCUUCCAGGGGACCACCACAAUUCUGUCCUCUGAUGUACUCGUGCCCCAUGUCCAACUGCCAGACUUCACCUCCAGUCUCUCUCCGCCGGAUGUGCUGGACGGCAGCCUCAGCAGUGUGGGUUCUUCCACUGGCUCGCCAUCUAAGAUGGAGGGCAUCUCUGAGUCUCCUUCCUCCAGUAACUCUCCCUUCAACCCCCUCCAGGACCACUCCCCAAAAUGAACAAGGGAACAUGAGACUAAACAAGAGUGAAGGCACGAAAGCCACCUCAACUGUACGACACCCCCCCCCAAAUCACUUUGCUUUAGCUAAUGUGGGAAUCCCUUCCCAUGCUGUUUGCUUUUGCUAGGAGGAGAGUCUGGGUAUUUGCAUUGAAAGGAAACCAAAGCCCUGGAUGUGAGCUGUGGACACACCAUGCUGUAGUAGACUAGUGCGAUGCUAUGAGAACAGUAGUUAGAUAUGGAUCCUUUACAUGGUGCUGCUUAGCCCCACAGUGACCAGAACAGCCAAGUUGUCAACCCUGCAUCACAUCACUGUCAGCUUCCAGCCCCAUCCCCUACUUCCUUUUCCAGCUUCACACUGGAGGGACUGAGCACUGGAUGGAGAAAGUCGCUCACUAAGUCAAUUUUCCUGUUUUCUUCAUAGAAAACUAAUUCUCCAGGUGUUUUUGGUGUGCACAACUGUCCGCAGGUCUUGUAUGAAUGAAAGGAUAUAACUUGUUCCCAUUUGUAAGUAUGUAUAUAAUUUUUCGUGUCAUUAGUUAUAUGUUUUGUGAUUGGCUGAGUGAUGACUGCGGGCACAGGGCUUCAACAGUGAACUAACAAUUUUUUUCGAGGGGAUUGGAAAUGUUCUUACUACUUGUCAUUUAUCCUGAAAGGACAGUUUUCAGUUUAUAGUCACCAAGAUGUGGGGUAUCAUUCUGGUUAAUUUUCUAAAUUUGGCACUUAAUCUGGCCCCCCUCUGGUAUUAGGUAACUACAGUUGCCAGUGGUUUGGGUCAUGUCUACCCAUCCCUGCAGAUUUUACUCUGAAGGGAAGUAAGCGGGGGGGGGGGGGGGGGGACCGUCUGGAUUUGAACACUACAGACUCGGGUCUCUGAAUCGUACUGCCUGGAUAUAUCUGUAGACCUGCAGGAUGUGCAACAAAAUUAUUUUUACUUCUGAAGCUUUUAGGGAAAUAAUUUGUUUUCUUGUUUGAAGCCACUUUGUAAAUGUAACAGACUUUUUUUUUAGGCUACAUUAUUGCAUUGUAUAUUGAACAUUAGAAUAGCUCACCCUAUUCUCAAUACUCUGCAAUUAAAUCAAUAGAUUGGUUUAGGAUGAGCACACUGAGGUAGAGGACAGAACAUGGUGGCAUUUCAAAAGGGAUUCAGUGAGUGGGUUUGUCGGUCUACUGUGGUCAACAUUUGUCCUAAAAGCUUUGUGCAGAAUGUGUCACUGGAUUGGUUGGUUAUGAAUAACAUUUGCAAUGAACAUUCAUAAGCAAUACCAAAGAGUUAUCAGGGGAACUGUGAAGGCAUACUUCAGUUAUACACUGAUUCACAAAUUCAUUUUAAGGCCGCUGUAAAACAUUUGGGUUCAGUAAUUUCAGUUCAACUCUUAAAUUUGAUAUUUUCCCCUCGUUCAGGGUAUGGUGUCUUUACAAAGGGAGUGGGAGACUUCAUGUACAAAAGUGAUUAUACAUUUUCAUUGAUAUAUGUAAGUGAAACAGUGUUAUGAAUACUGAGUGUCUUUAAAGAAACUGCAAGCUGGUCGAUCAGGUAUGCUUGCACUGCUGUCAAUGUAAUUGGUGUUUUUUUUUAUUAUUUUUGAUUAUAUCCUGUUCAUUUUUCAAUUUGUCUGAAUGUCUAGCGCAUGAGAUCGGCAAAGUAAAUUAAGUGUAUAUGGGCAGGUGGGAGACUUGUUAGACUGCUUGCUAAAGUUUUCCCCCCUGAGCCUUUUAAUUUGAACAUGAGGGUAAAUACAUUUUCUAUUUCUAUUCAAUGA